UCGGGAACUUGAUAGAUUUUUGCAGCAGCUCGACAGCUUAAAUUUUUGGAUGUUCGGAUAGCUUCGAUAGCUAUAAUAAUUCAUGCUUCGUUAGUUUGGAUUUGCAUGACUGGUUGUAGAGAAAACACGUAUUAGAGUUAGAACAUAACGCAAGAACUUGUUAGAUAGCUAUCUAGCUAUCUCAUCAUCUAAAGAAGAUAACGAGGAGUAGUUUUGUAAACUAAAGGUGUUAAGGUUAAGUUCUAGUACGGAAUAUUUAGGUUGUGGUGGUUUUGUGGCCAGCUCGCUUGGGUGGCCAGCUCACUUGUGGAAUACAUUAUACUACAAUCUUCCCCUUAAUAACCUUCAACCCCCCCAUCCACGGCCAUAAACACUCGGGGGCCGCCACCUGUCCCCUCCUCUCAUCCCACCCAUUCUCCAACACCGCCGCGAGCACCCUCGGCACUGCCAUGCCCGUCCCAUUAACUGUAUACACCCACUCCUUCUUUCCCCCCCGACUCAUCUUCGUCCCGAGCCGCCGCGCCUGAAAAUCCGUACACACGCUCGCCGACGUGACCUCCCCAUACCCCCCAUCCCUCCCUCUCCGCGACGGAAAGAACGCCUCGAUAUCCUUCUUCCGGAAAGCGCUCGCGCCAAGGUCAGUGCUCGGCAUCUCGAGCACGCGGCAGUGCAGUCCCAGCUCGCGCAGAACCUCCACCUGCAUGUCCACAAUCUCCUCAAACACCUCUGUCGCGGCCUCGAGCUCCGGUGUGGUCCAUGAAAACAGCUCCACCUUUGUAAACUCGUGCACACGGUAUAACCCCUUCGUAUCGACUCCUCUCGCGCCUGCCUCUGCGCGAUAACAGCGGCUGGCAGCGACAUACUUCCUCGGAAGCACCGCAGAAUCCAACAACGCACCCGCUCCCAUCCCCGCGAGUGGAAUCUCCGCCGUGCCCGCGAGACACAGCUCUGGACGCCCUCGAGCCACAUCCCCCUCCCCCUGCGCAAUCGUAUAUAUCUGCGUCUCGCCGCUCUGGUCUCGUGGCAUGAAUCCACAGGCUGCCGCGACGUGAGAGUAAACAAUACUCGGUGGCGCCACAAGUGUCCAUCCGCGUGCCGUUGCCUUCGAAAGCGCAAACUGCACCAGCGCCUGCUCGAGUUGUGCCGCGGCGCCCAUAAGGUAGUACCAUCCCCACCCAGACGUCGAGCCUGCGCUCGCAAAGUCGAGUAUCCCAAGAGAGGUUCCAAUGUCGACGUGAGACUUUUCCGACUCCCCAGACGGAUGCUCAUUGAUGUAGCUCAGCACCUUUGGUUCGUGCCCGCGCGGGGUGUCGGGGCUUGUGAAAUUCGGCAGUUCGAGGGCCAGCCCUUCGAUCGACCUAGUCAAUUUCGCCUCUUCCGUUUCGAUGCUCGCCAGUUUACUCUUCAGGCUACGGCUGGCGGCAAUAAUCCCAUCUCUGCUCAAAUCUUCGAAUCCAAUCGCUCGCGCGGCGUCCUGGUGUCUGGCAGAUUUCGGAUUCGCGAGCGCAGCUUGUAGGACAUUGCUUUGUUCGCGCAUAGAUCGACCAUCCCGCUGAUGCCCCUGCCAUUGCGCAAACAGCUCAUUGAUACGUUGCGGAUUCGAACUCUGCGCUCCGUAGUUUCGCUCAAUCGCGUUCUGGGUAUAGAGGUCCGGAUUUUGGCGGAUGUGCUUGAUGUCAAUGGUCGGUUUUUGAGCUAUAGAAGGCCGAGAAGGUUCAGCCCGAAGACGAGGUGAUGGAUGAUAAGGACGCCAUUGCGGCCGGCGAAGGAGAGGUCGUAUGCGUGGAGGCAUCGUUACUGUUGGAGCCGCCAAGAGGCAUCAAUAUAUUUUGAAGCCCCGGAGGAUAGUCUGGCAGAAUCACUCCUUUCGUUCACCGUCCAGGACAUCAAACAAGCCACUAACCAAUGACGCGCCCCUCAAGGCACCGCCAACCACCACCACCAUGUUUUGGAAUUUCGACAAAGAUAUAAAGCACGACACUUCUCUCGCCAUGUUAGCAAGCAUCUAACUUACACAUCUCACCCUCACCACUACGCAUGAAUACAACACCCGACAGGCCACAAUGAACACUGAGGACCCCGAUGGCGGGGUCCCUGCUGCCACCUACAGCGACGAUGAUCUGUCCCCCACCAGGCCGAAACCGAAAGAGCUCCCCGCCGACCUCCCGAAAUCCCUCAACGAUCGCCGUGCCAUUCCCGAGUAUACAGCAGAGACGGAGAUGUAUGAUGCGUGGCAGGGACAAUCACAGUUCCUCACUGCGCCAGUGCUUGCCAGACCUCUACAGUUCAACAAUCUCUCCCUCUCGGACGAUUUUGGCGAUGUCCCCCAACGAGUCGAGGACAGCGACAGCAGACUGAUGGGGAUGCUCGCCGCGCAGGCCGCGCACCGUGAUGGGUCGGCACCAGACGGAGACGAAGACGCAAUCGCAGCGGACGAGAAGCUGGAUGAUGCCAAGAAGAGAACAAUGUUGCAACGGGCGCUGAAUAUGGCAGCCAGUAAUGGAGAUGUAGAGCGCAUACAACGGAUUCUGGGAGGGGACGCGAGGAAGUACGUCGAUCUGGAUCUGCCAGAUGAGGAAGGCACUGCACCACUGAUUUAUGCCAGCUGUUUUGGCCAUGAACCAGUCGUAGUCGCCCUUCUCGAAGCCGGCGCCAACGUCGACAAGCAAGACCGAAAUCAAUGGAGUGCGCUCAUGUGGGCCAUGACCAACCGACACAAAGGAAUCGCCAAAACGCUCCUCGACGCAGGCGCUUCCCCGGACGCCAAAUCAUCUUCUGGCCGCACUGCCUUUGACUUUGUUGCACCCGACAGCGAGCUCUCUGAUUAUCUUCAUGAUAGUGGAUAUCACAUUGGGAAUGCAGGCGUGGCAGACGACUUUUACAAUGCCGGGUUCGAACAGGAUCGCUUUGAAGAGGAGAUGGCUGAAAAUGAGUUGAGGCGGCGGAUGAUGAUGGAGAGUGCAAGGGAUCUGGAGGUCGAUCUGGGGAAUGUUGGGAUGGAUGACCAGCCAGAGACCCCCGAAGAAUUGGAAGAGGAGAUGCAGGAAUUCGACUGGGCGCGCUGCCUGCACGACCAAAUGUUCGUCUUCCAAGAAAGCGAGCUCAACCGCAUCUUGGAUAUUGUCAUCACCAACAUGACGCCCCAACGAUCGACCUCGCAAAAACCGGUGCCAGCAAACAUGAUUUUCCUCAGCGCGCGCUACGCACACUACCACUCCAGCCAAGAGCUCCUCGGCAAACUGCUCACCAUAGCCAUGGACAAGAUCAACGAUGUCGUCGAGGCAUAUCAGUGGGAUAUGACAAUCUUGGCCUUUUGGAUGUCGAACGCCACACUUCUAUUACACUACUUGAAGAAGGAUGGGGGACUCUCGGAAUCGACGGGCGAGUUUCAGCUGCAGCUAGCGGAGCUCAUCAAUGAGAUAUUCAUCCUUGUCAUCAGAGACGCAGAGCGUAGGAUAGACAAGGUCCUCGACCCCGCAAUGCUCGACCACGAAACAAUCCCUGGAUUCGAAGACAUUGCCUUCCAAGACGAAUGGAAAAUCUUCAAGCGAAAAACGACUGUCAAGGAGCAGCCCGCAGAAAAGCGUUUCCGACCGCCGUCCCCGAAACAGCGCGCCAAGCCUGCCCCGCGCAACGUCACCUCCCUCCUCUCCUCAACCCUCUUCGUCCUCGACCUAUACGACAUUCACACCGUCAUCUCGGCACAAAUCCUUGCUCAGCUCUUCUACUGGAUCGCUGCUGAGCUCUUCAACCGCGUCAUGUCCAAUCGGCGUUAUCUAGCCCGCACCAAGGCGAUGCAGAUCCGCAUGAACAUCUCCAUCCUCGAGGACUGGGCCCGCGCGAACAACCGCAAGCCAGAGCACUACGAAAACGGGUCCAUGUCCGCGUCAGGUGAGACCACAGUCGAAGCGGCGCGCCGCCAUCUCGCGCCCAUCAUACAGCUCCUUCAGUGGUUGCAGUGCUUUUCAUCCCUCGCCCCUGACGACUUUGAGAGUCUCGUCGGGACUCUCCAGCAACUUACGAAGCUGACGCCACAACAACUCAUCCAUUCCGUGAAACACUACCGUCCGGAAGUCGGCGAGAAGGGUCUACCGAAGAGCGCCAUGAAAUACAUCAUCAAUCUCCAGCUCGAAACGAAAGCACGGAAAGAUCGCCAGCGGGCUGCUGCCUCAUCACCGCGACCAGGCGACUCGGCGCCUUCUACGCCUGUAAAACCUAGGCAGAACAAUGGCAACAGCAGCGUAUCCCCGACGCCAGACUCGAUACAGCGCGAAGAGGAAGAAGAGGAGGAGGACGCGCCCGAGAACUUAUUACUGGAUCCCGCACUCAUGCUUCCGUUUUCGCUUCCGACGAGCACGGAUAUGCUGGUUAGUUUCGGGGCUGGGUUUGGAGGGGUGAAUAGAGAGAGAGAGAGAAAGUAUAUCCCGACGGUGCCUCCAGAGUUUUUAGCGAAGCUGGAUGCGAGGGGUAGGGCGAAGGGUGGGAGUUAUGCGGAGGCGGAUUGGGCAGAUGAACCUGUGUAGGUGGUGGCAGGGGGAUGUAAAUGGGGGUUACAGUGAGAGAGUACUGUAUAUAGAUGCUACCGUAGUCGGUGCCAAAACAAGUAAAAAAGUGCAGCAAACCUUAGCAUAUGGCAAGACGCGAAAUGAGCUUCUUUAGGAU